GUCUCGCUCGCUCGCUUCCUUGCCCAUCCAUCUCGGCAUUUGUACAAUAACCAUUUCGCUUGACGUGCUUGCCUUGCCGCCGGGAGGGGACCCGUGCCGCUCGCUCGCUCGCUAGCCAAGCAACCAAGACAAGCUGGAUCGCGCGAGCGUGAGUGAUUGUCCCGACUGCUGCUCGCUCCAAUGAGGGGUAGCGUAGAUACGAACCGAACCCUAGAUAGAUAGUCAGACUAUCAUUGCAACAUAAAUGUCAUGGCACGGCACAGCAAAGCACAGCACGUCAAGUCACAGUGAUAAACAGUGGCGCAGCUUCUUUGUCUUGUCAUUGCUUUCGUCUCUUCGCCUGCUCAUGUCCUUUUCCGAUGAGGAAAAAAGGACCGAGGGCGCGAGAUGGGAAAACAGAAAAAAUGAGUGUUCCAAUUUUGCAGCUGCAACAAAAGGAUGCAUGCGCGUGUGUGUUGUGGUGUUCUCCAGCGCUGACACCCCCCUCGUCUCGAGGGCAUCGCGAUUACAUACAGGAGGAAAAAGACAACAAACGGAACAGGGGGUAAAAAAUUUCUCAUGAAAAAAAAAAAAAAAAAAAAAAAAAAAAAAAAAAAAAA